AUGUCGGAAAUGAACAUGGACGACUGCACCUUGGCAACUUGCCCAAUUGACCUGGCCUAUAUCAAUUACCAGCCUAACAUCCCGGCAAAUGUCCUCUUCCUCGCCAUCUUCGGCCUUCUCCUCGCCGCACAAAUCGCCCUAGGAACAUGGUUCCGAACAUGGACAUACAUGGGGGCCAUGACCGCGGGGCUCAUUCUUGAAAUACUGGGAUACAUCGGGCGAGUCAUGAUGCACAGCAACCCAUUCGACUUUAAUGCAUUCCUUCUAUACCUCAUUUGUCUCACGCUUGCCCCGGCCUUCUUCACCGCCGCCAUUUACAUCUGCCUGGGAAGAAUUGUCAUCGUCUACGGGGAGGAUAUCUCCAGGAUUCGCCCGCGUACAUACACCAUCCUCUUCGUCACUUGCGAUAUCAUCGCUCUAGUCCUACAAGCAGCCGGCGGCGCCAUUACCUCCAUCGCCGACUCAGACCAAAAAAGCCUCAGCGAUACCGGUAUCAAUAUCAUGAUUGCAGGAUUGGCUUUCCAGGUCGCCUCGUUGACGCUGUUCAUCGUGCUCGCUUCGGAAUUCGCCCUGCGAGUGCGCCGCAGCUCAGAAGACAUGAAGAAUGUGUCUACAGCAUCUGUUCGCAGUGGUUUGAAAUGGAAGAUGUUCCUUCUGGGUCUUGCCAUUGCCGUUUUAACGAUCUUCACUCGAUCGAUCUUCCGUGUUGCGGAGCUGAAAGGUGGAUUUAGCAGUGAUCUGGCUAAUGAUGAAAUUUCCCUGAUGAUUCUUGAGAGCACUAUGAUUGCCAUUGCGUGCAUUUGUAUGACCGCCGCUCACCCAGCAGUUGCCAUGGGCCGGCGAUGGGCGGAACUCUCGGCGAAGCCGCGUCGUGGAGUCGUUUUGUCUAAGGUGUCGCAGGCUUCAUCAGAAAUUGAGAUGAUGAAUGCUUAA